CGUGCCGAUCAGCAUACUCUUGAAAAUAUCUCUUCUACUUCUACAGCCAUGGAUACUGGCCUUCUUUCUUGGGGUUUUGGAGAGGAUGACCCCCUGGAGUCUUUAAGAGGUCAAAAGAAGAAAGCAGAGGAUGAAUUGAGGUUGGAAUGGAGUGACGAAGAACAAGAUCAAAUUUUCUCUGAAAAUAAGGUACCACCUCUCUCAAAGUAUACAAUAAAGCCAAAGGAUGGCCAGAUUAUUGACGGUGGCGAUGAUGUAGCUGAGAAUGGUGAACUGGCAGCUGUGGUAACAGAGGAUCUCAAUGAAUGUGCGGAUAUUGAGGAAUUUGACGAAGAUAGUGAUGAGGUUGAGGGGGAUAUUGAUGUAAUGGCCUGUCAACUGAAGUUUAUCGCUUGCCUACGAAUCAUUGCAGAGGAGCUAAACACUCUAGCCACUGGUGCAGAGGUAAGCCGAUUCCGUAUCGGGACAAAGGCUUUGCUAUAA